AAAGGGGCCGCGCCACAGAAGGCACCUUCAUUGCUUGAUAGGGGUUUGCGGUCGGUAAGAUGUCAGAGAAGGUCCUCGUGACAGGUGGAGCUGGCUACAUAGGGAGUCAUUGUGUGCUGGAACUGGUCGAGGCGGGCUACAGUCCUGUGGUCAUUGAUAAUUUUCACAAUGCCAUCCGAGGGGGCAAGGCAUUGCCCGAGAGCAUUCGGCGGGUGCAGGAGAUCGUGGGAAAGGAGAUCCUUUUCCAGGAGCUGGACGUUCUCGAUGAAGCUGGCCUCCAGGAGCUCUUCCAGAAGCAUUGCUUCUCAGCCGUGAUGCAUUUUGCAGGCCUCAAAGCAGUCGGAGAGUCGGUCGAGAAGCCACUAGAGUACUACAAGGUGAACCUCACUGGGACCAUCCACUUGCUGGAGACUAUGAAAGCACACGGGGUCAAGAAUUUGGUGUUCAGCAGCUCAGCCACGGUCUAUGGGGACCCCAGCUACCUCCCCCUCGAUGAAAAACAUCCUGUCGGUGGCUGCACCAAUCCCUAUGGCAAGUCCAAGUACUUCAUCGAAGAGAUGAUCCGCGAUUUGUGCAAGGCGGAGCCGGACUGGAAUGCUGUUCUUCUGCGGUAUUUCAACCCUAUUGGAGCCCAUGAGUCGGGCAGGAUAGGAGAGGAUCCCCAGGGCAUCCCAAACAACCUGAUGCCUUACGUUGCCCAGGUGGCAGUGGGACGCAGGGAGUUCCUGAGUGUGUUUGGGAAUGAUUAUAAAACACUGGAUGGGACAGGCAUUAGAGAUUACAUCCACGUGGUGGAUCUGGCCAAGGGCCAUAUUGCAGCACUGAAGAAACUCAAGGAGAAUUGUGGCUGCAAGAUAUACAACCUUGGGACUGGUGUUGGCUACUCUGUCCUGCAGAUGGUCAAAGCCAUGGAGAAGGCAGCGGGAAGGGAGCUCAAGUACAAGAUUGUUGCGCGUCGGGAAGGGGACGUGGCCUCCUGUUAUGCCAACCCUGCCCUUGCGGAGCAGGAGUUGGGCUGGAAAGCUGUCUUCGGGCUGGACAAGAUGUGUGAGGACUUGUGGAGGUGGCAAUCGCAGAACCCCACCGGCUUCAGCAAGAAUUAGUUCUCCAGACAGUGCCAUUCAUUUCUCCUGCCUUGUGGGUGCUGCUGCUUCCUCGGGGUCUCAAGGACUUCUCACUC